GCAGAUAACAACCGUAGAUAUGGCCGUUAUACAUAAAGGCCUGAAAAGCCUGAAACUCGUUACGUGCCAGCAUCCAAAUCGAUUUGAUAGUCGUAGUGGUCCAAUACUUUAAAGUUGUUCAUGACAAACAACUUUCUACAGCAAAUCUUUUUCAAUAUAUAUAUAUAUAAAUAUAUGUAUUGAACCCUAAAGUAAGAGUAUAAUAAAUGACGAUUUUUUGGAAUAUCUCAGCCCCAAAGCGUCGUCUGAACCUUUUCGUGUCUAAAGUCAAAAACGGCCGCUCGAGGCCGUCUUCUUCCUCUCUUUUGGCGAUCACCAAAGUCUUCCACGUGGGAAUUGGAACGGAAGUCAAAUGCAUGUUUCCGUCUGGAUCCCGCACAACAAGCACGGCUUUUUUCCUGCCACGUGUCAAAGAAGCAGCGCAGGUUGUUUAAAUUUCUUUACCGGGGAUAACGUUGGAGAUUCGGAAGAAUUCACUAUCCGAUAAUUAAAUAAUAAUUAGCGUGCGUUUAGGCUGGUUGACGAUUCUCUCCGCAGCUGGCAAAAAUAGCAGCUAAACGAACUCCAAAUAGAAAAGUCCGAGUUCUCCACACAAAACUCUAACAGACUAAAGAGAGAAGUCCUCCUCCCUUCGUAGGUUCUGUUCCCACACUUGUUGCCUUCUCGCUUUGCUUGGAAGGCGGAAGCUACAACCUCCUGGAUUGUUUCUUCUCCUCCUCCAUCUCUUAUUGAAAGGCUGCAUAUUUGUGAACUUCCAUCCAAAAAUCUAACAGAAAAAAUCUGUGACUAUGGAAGUGGAAGUGGAUUCUGGAGAGAAGCGUCUCAAUGAGCUCGGUUACAAGCAAGAGCUCAGAAGAGAGAUGACUCUGUUCAAGACGCUGGCGAUAUCGUUCUCGACGAUGACCCUGUUCACAGGGAUUACACCACUUUAUGGGUCCAGCCUGCUGUAUGCUGGGCCUGCCAGCCUUGUCUGGGGAUGGGUUGUAGUCUCCUUCUUCACCUGGUUUGUGGGAAUUGCCAUGGCCGAGAUCUGCUCCUCCUUCCCUACCACUGGAUCUCUUUACUUUUGGGCUGCUCAUUUAGCAGGGCCAGUCUGGGGUCCACUGGCAUCAUGGUGCUGUGCUUGGCUGGAGACUAUUGGCCUAAUUGCUGGAAUAGGCACACAGGCUUAUGCAGGAUCACAAGUCUUGCAGAGCAUCAUAUUACUGUGUACUGGCACGAACAAGGGUGGAGGUUACUUCGCUCCUCGUGGCGUAUUUCUUGCUAUGUAUGUGGGACUUACAGUGAUAUGGGCUAUACUCAACACAUUUGCACUAGAAGUCAUUGCCUUCAUUGACAUAAUCUCAAUAUGGUGGCAGGUCAUUGGAGGUCUGGUUAUAGUUAUAAUGCUCCCAUUGGUGGCAUUGACUACCCAGCCUGCUUCCUACGUAUUCGGACAUUUUCAGACAGCACCAGAAACAACUGGGAUAAGCAGCAAACCUUAUGCAGUCAUUUUAUCUGUUCUAGUUAGCCAGUAUUCUUUAUAUGGAUAUGAUGCUGCAGCCCAUCUAACUGAGGAAACAAAAGGUGCAGAUAAAAAUGGUCCAACUGCUAUUCUAUCUAGUAUUGGGAUCAUCUCCAUUUUUGGAUGGGCAUAUAUCUUAGCUCUCACCUUUAGCAUUCAGAACUUUGACUAUCUAUAUGAUCCUAGCAAUGAGACUGCUGGAGCAUUUGUACCAGCACAAAUCCUAUAUGAUGCAUUCCAUGGGAGGUAUCACAACUCCAUCGGGGCCAUCAUCUUGCUGUUUGUUAUUUGGGGUUCCUUUUUCUUUGGUGGCCUUUCGAUCACUACUAGUGCAGCCAGAGUGGUGUAUGCACUGUCCAGGGAUCAAGGAAUCCCUUUCUCAUCUAUUUGGCGUAAAUUGCACCCUAAACACAAGGUUCCAGCCAAUGCAGUGUGGUUAUGUGCAGCUAUCUGCAUUCUUCUUGGACUUCCUAUUCUUAAACUUAAUGUGGUAUUCACUGCUAUCACUUCUAUUUGUACGGUUGGAUGGGUCGGUGGCUAUGCUGUUCCAAUAUUUGCAAGGAUGGUCAUGGAUGAUAAGAACUUCAAAGCAGGCCCUUUCUAUUUGGGAAGAGCAAGAAGACCGAUUUGCUUGGUGGCAGUUUUGUGGAUUUGUUACACUUGUUCAGUCUUCCUGCUGCCAACAUAUUAUCCCAUCAAGUGGGAUACUUUCAAUUAUGCACCCAUUGCUCUAGGUGCAUGUUUGGCUAUAGUAAUGCUGUGGUGGCUUCUUGAUGCAAGGAAAUGGUUUAAGGGACCAGUUCGGAACAUCGACAGUCAGAAUGGAAAGGUCUAGUUAUUUGCUUGUGUGCUUUUUUCCUUUUCUGCAAAUCAGCAUCCAUGGUGCUGGGAAAUUGGGGCCAUAAAGAAAAUUUGUCGUACGUAUUCUUUGUAGUUGAUGUCUUUAAUAGAGGUCAUGCUCAUCUUCUUGUUCACAUGACCAUGUACUAUGGUAUGUCAUAUUGUACCAUACCAAUUUGGUAUCGGUAUUUGGUACAGGUGGCGUACCGAUACUCGAUACACCAAAAAAUUUCAUAAUGUACCAUACCGACACUAUGCUAGUGUAGCACCGGUAUGGAUUCCGGCACUGAGACCGCGAAUCUUACCAUGUACACAUGCGGCCAUGCAAUGCAGAGGCUUUUGGAGCUCACUAUCAUGGCAAUUGUUGGUUUUAUUUUCUAUCUUUUGUUCACUUUUGCUCCUGAAAGUUGUGAAGAGUGAUCAUUGUACCAUAACAUUAAACUUUCAGGUUAUAAGAAGAAUACAUAAAAUAAA